AUGAACGUCAAUUUUCAUAUGCUUGGCCACAUGAGUUCUUACCAUUCCAAGACCAACACAAUUUGUCGGCAACUGUCAUCAACCAGCAAUCAAUACAGCUUGAGAUUUGACGUGGCUAUUGAUACAAUAGCAUUCCAUCCCCUUUCUACCUUUCACACUACCGUUCACUUAAUUGGCCCUGAUACGAAUGAGAAGGGCUGUUUACAGGCCAACAUUACCCCUGAGAUUAGUUCUGCUUUGCGAGAGGCGCUACGAUAUGUACCAAUAAGUAUUCUCUUUUUCGUCCUAUUUGUCGGCAUCGCUCUAUAUGUCUGUGACAGCUCCCAGCAGGCAGAAAGUUCACUACAAGCUGUUCUUCCAGGGUUUGCCGAUUGCUUGCAGUACCUCCAGUUCAUCUUUCUCACGGGAAGCUUAAGUCUCUUUUACCCCGGCUUUUACCAACCAGCAGUUGGUCGCCUGGGGUGGACGUCGCUCUUUGCAGAUGGUUUAAUUCCUCACGAGUUUACUUAUACCAGUAUCAAUGAUGGCAUCUACGAGGUAAACGGUACAUACGGUGGUACGUUCGGCCUUGAGUUGAUGACUCAAAUUGUCGGCGCUCCUACGACGAUGGGCACGUGGUUGAAUAUGGUCAUACUCAUUGUAGCCAUCGCGGCUCUAUCCGCCAUAUGCAUAGAAAUUUUCUGGCUCUUAAACCGACCUGUUGGUUCAGACACUGGUCUGCGUCGCGCUUUCAAGCGUACCUUACACGUUGUUCUAUCCUACUUCAUGUUACCUUUAAUAGCACUAUCGUGCUACCAACUUGACAAUGCGUCACAUCUCCCGUUUUGGAAUAUAUUUCUCGCUUCUGUUUUCAUACUGAGUAUCUUUAGCGCAUUUGCCUGGCUGUUCUUGCAGAUCCCGACGCGAAGUCUAGGUAUUCUGAUAUUCAACGGACGUAAGCAAUAUCACCAGAUAUCUUCGUCGGAUGUAUUGACUCAACAACACAAAUCAUUCGUCAUUAUUCUUUUCGUAUUGGUAUUUAUCCGUGGUGUCACUAUUGGUGGGCUUCAGAUAUCGGGACGAGCACAGUUGGCAGUCCUUGGAGCAUGCGAACUUGUCUUACUAGUAUGCGCCAUUCAGUUCCAGGCGUACAGCUUACUCUCGAUUGAGAUGGUGUCCGCGGUCGCCCGACUUGUAGUGCUUUUAUGUAUGGUAGCCUUUGUGCCCGGGGUCGCAUCGGAUAAUGCAAGGAGUGCCAUCGGGUACUUGAUCCUACUCACACAUGCGUCCGUGAUACAGUUUGGGCAGUUAUGUUGCCAACAGCCGAGCGAUUCGGCCCCUUUGGUUUAUGGCCUUCGCCAACUUCGUCGACGGGAGGUUCUAAGAACUAGCUUACCAGAUCGCCCUGGACUUUCUCUUUCUUCAGACAAUGAUACUUACCGAGAUAGCACAGUAUAUCAUGAAUCUAUGCAUUAUUCGGAUGGCGGUAGUCGCUCUCAUCAUGACUCUAAUUCAGGUUCGGGUCGGGGCUACUACCGGCCCCCGCGGCACAGUCGCUUUUCUCCCCAGCAUUCCAUCAAUCUCUUUCAAGAGCACAACCUGUCACAGAAUACACACUCAGAUGAUCAAUAUGCGAAUCUCAAUUCCACGGGCCGCUUAAGGACAUCAUAUGAAGCCAGUUCCUCAAGUUCUUCGGGAACCGGCACGUUAUCCACGGAGGCACCUACCAAUACUGAUACGAAGUCUUUGCAUCCGAGGUGGGGUGAUUAUUCCUUCCGUGAAUCGGAUCUAUAUUACGGAACGCCAAGACCGGUACCGGCAGGAGGUACUACGAUCGAAGCUCCUAGAGCUACGGAUUCGAGACACUCAAUGCGCCCCUUUUCUCUAUCAGGGUUGUGGGCAGGGACAUCCAGAGAAUCGAACACGACGGAAAGGGGAUUCUCUGUCGCUAGACCUCCUCGGCCCCCUUAACCUUCCGUCUUAAGUCAGGGUAAUUGUAAUCGUAUUUAUAGAAUUAUGUAUGUAGACGACGACCUGAUAAAUUUGCCUUUU